GCCACGUGACAGAGCAGGCUGGCCGCGCUGCCGCCGCUGGAGCGCUCAGAGUGUGUGUCUGUGUGUGAGUGUGUGAGUGAGUGUGAGUCUGCUGCCUCUCACACAGUUUGGCUGUGGUCGACCCGAGCAGACAGCGGAGCUUGUCGCCAGGAGAGAGACAAACAGAGACAGGUAGCUCAGUUAGGGCAUGAAACAUGGAGCCCUCGGCGGCGGGAGAUCGCAUUUUCGCCGCGGAAGCCAUACUGAAACGCCGCGUCCGUAAGGGAAAACUUGAAUACCUGGUGAAAUGGAAAGGAUGGGCAAUGAAGCACAGCACCUGGGAGCCAGAGGAGAAUAUUCUGGAUGACAGACUGAUUUUGGGUUUUGAGCAAAAGGAGCGGGACAGAGAGUUGCAUGGGCCAAAGAAACGGGGACCAAAACCCAAAAACCUUGUCAUGAAGUCUCGUGGUCCGAAAAGGGAGACGAGCAGCCGAGCCUCCAACAGCCGCCGGAACACCUCGCGUUCCUCUUCGUCCGCUUCCAGUCGAGCAGCUCCCGCCUCCUCCUCCUCCUCCUCCGCCCCGCCUCAUCAUCUACCGUCGUCAUCCUCCUCUUCCUCAACUGUGGCUCCUUCCCCUAAACUCAACUCCCUUGCCGCCACCCACAAGCUGAAGAAAGACAUUCACCGCUGCCACCGGAUGUCCAGGCGCCCCCUGCCUCGCUCAGACCCCAUGGCGGCUACCUUCUCCAACCCCGGCGGCUUCCCCUCCCGCAUGCACGUCUCCCCCUUCUCUGAGACCGUCCGCAUCCUAAACCGCAGAGUCAAACCUCGCGAGGUCAAGAGGGGCCGGAUUAUCCUCAAUCUGAAGGUUAUCGACAAGCCAGGUAGGGGAGGCACGGCCGCGGGCAGUAGGAAUAUUGCAGCAGGACGCCAAAACAUCCCUUCCCGCAAUCGCAUCAUUGGGAAGAAGGGAGAGGCCCCCUAUAGACCUUUCCAGCCUCCUCUGAAGAUGCUGGGGUUCCCGAUGUAUGGAAAACCAUUUGGGCUGCAGUGUGGAGGCCCUGUGCCUUUUCACGCCCACCCAGGCUCAUGCUCCAGCACGGGGGCUCGGGAAAGACGCACCACCUCAUCGCAGUACCAGUCACCUCCUUCUCCUUCCAGCUCCAGCGGGUCCGAAGGAAAGUCUCCCACCAACGCCACGGCUACAAAGCCUCAGCCUGCCACCGGAGCAUCACCUUCCAGCAAGGAUGCCAAGUCCAGUAAACCCCACACAGAGACCCAGAAGGGCCAGAGCUCCAAGCCAUCUGCUCCUGCCCCGUCCUCAGAUGCAAACCCGGCGGCGGCGUCGGCGUCUCCCUGCCUCCCCUCCUCUCCCUCUUCUUCCUUGGAAGACGAAGAGGAGGAGGGUGCCCCGGACCAUUCGGCGCCAUCAGAGGGAGGCAGGAAAAAUCCUCGCCAGCGCAGGGCCAAACGUCAGCCGCCCACAACGCUUCCCUCCGUCACUCCCGGGGACCAAAGCUCCGCCCCCGCCGAACCCCAGAGGGUGCCUGCCGAGGGGGACCCCGACUGGCACCCCGAAAUGGCGCCGAGCUGCAAGGAUGUGGUGGUCACGGACGUCACCACCAACCUUGUCACCGUCACCAUAAAAGAGUUCCCCUCCCCUGCCUCCGGCCCUGCCUCACCCUCUGCCAGCCCGGAAAACGCCUCCUCCCCUCCUCCUGCCACCGCCUCCGAGGACCCCUCCCCAGCGAAGCCAUAGGAGGUCAGAUGUUAUGAAGAUGCCAUUGAUGAUAGAAAAAGUUAUCAUGCCAGUGUUGCCACUUCAGCCCUACCUUUACCUGAAGGGUUUGUCCAUACUUGCAUAAUAAUUAAUGAAAUGUAAUGUAAUGUAAUGUUAACACCGCCCAGCCAUUGAAUAGUAGAAGAAGAAAAAAAAGCAUAUUUUUUUUAAAAAGAAGUGUAUAAAUUCGAAAAGGGGCAGCUAAUACGCCCUCCUCGUCAUUUAAAUUGCCAUAUUUUGUCCACUUGCACAGCACUGACUCCUUGAAGCAGACUUGAAUGGAAAUGGUAUCCGUUUUCUUUCACUUGCUUCAGACUUGCUGAGUUUAGCUUGUUUGGUGCAAUUUGUCCUAAAAGCGAAACCCCCCCCCCACCCGUCCGGUGUGAGGGGCCAGCUUUUACCAAGCACACUUGAUGUAUGUGAAAGAAACAUACUAUUUAGAGGCGCGCUCUGCUGCGUGGGCCGCUAUCGACGGCCUCCAGGUGUUGUGCCAAUUUCCCGAGUCUCAUUGGAAGUCCAGCUUGUUAAUGAUAAAUGAGGUGAUGUGUUUUUGCACUUAACACAGUUGGACUCUCAGAUCUUGCAUCGAUACAGCGAGGUAAAUGCAAUGCACUUGACUGCAUCAAAAAAAAAAAACAACCUAUUCUAUGUAGUUCAUCAAUUUUUCAAGGCCUUCUCCUCUCGCUCUCUUGAACGCACAUGCAUAUAUAUACAGUGUGAGUAAGUAUUUAUAUGCACGCACAACCUUAAAAGCUGCAAAAGAAUAUACAAAAACAGUAGAUUUUUAAGUUAUUGCUGUCCUUGCAGUCUUUCCUUACUUGCCUUGUUUUCUCACACACACCCACCACCACCUUCGACUCUGUUACGUCCACCAAGACUCUAAACUGGCCUGCAAAUAAUUGUGAUAUUUCCUCUGUGUGCUAGAAUCGCGCCAAGUAACUUCCCAACUUGUCAAGGCCUAGAAGGUCCACGAGCUGAACACAGUUCAGGCUGAAGCCACCAGUGAAAAAUAGCAGCUUGUCGAAUCUGUGAUUUCAAGUCUGCCGCGCGUGAAUCCAGACAGUUUUGGCUUAUAAAGACCAAUAGCGAGGGGCGAGUCUGUCUCUUUAGUUUCCACUUUGGCGGGUAAAACAAAGAGUUUCCCACACUUGGUUCCUUUGGAUCUUGUCAGUUAGUCUUUUAGCUACAGUAACUGUUCUUGACUAGUAUGUUCUCAAGUACUCGUGUCAAUACAAGUGGUUCAUGUAGCAUGGUUCGGUGUCUUCGUGCCAUCCGUAGGGCUAGUGCAGGAACUGGAGGACACAUGUUGUUGUCCUUCUUUUCUGUGGGGGCUCAGACGUUUACGCUCACCUUUCGUUGUGAUUGGUCGGCCGUGAAGCGGAGCCAGGGAUCAAACUGCUCUCUCUGGCGCUCUUUAUUUACAUUCUUGGCACAGGAAUGUGUGGUAUUUGCAGUAAACAUGCAAUAACAUGUUGCAGGUUUACCACUAGCCAAUCAGGGCCCAUCCUGAAACAAAAUGUUGUGGUUUUGAAAAUCUAUCAGUCAUCCACAGUGGUCAUGUUUUGCCAGCGUCUGUUCUGCGUAAGUCUCUAUGAGCAAGGCACCAUGUUUAAAUGUCCUGGCUUUAAACCCAGAUUCUUUUACCCUUGUAACGUCCUUACUUUAGAUUACGUGGUGCUCUUGAGCACAUGCAGAGGAACGAUGAGGAAUUAAUUACAAGGACACCUUGUUCUUGCCUGAAACAUGAAAACUUCCUCUGUUACUGCUGGUUUCCUCAGUGGGAAAUCACCUCAAGACAAAUUCUGUUUUGUCUGCAGCUGAUAAAUGUUUUAAUUCUGUAGUUCUCUGGUCAAACUAUGAGGUGGCAGUCCAUCAGAUGCUUUAUAUUUCCUGACUAAGUGGACUUUUUGCAAAGUGUUUUUCUUCCUGCCUUGCUGCUUUUGCCUUUUUAGAAAGGCAAAGCUGUCUGACGCUUUCGUCUUCUGACUGGAGAGGACAUUGGUGCAGUCGUGUUCUUCAAACAAACCAGGUGCGCUUGUCUUUCCGUGGACUCUUAAUACAGUCUGAUAGCGUGUCAGGCAGCCUGAUGGGUAGAAAAGAUGCUUGAACUCAGAUAGUUUGAUCCAUCGCCCUCGAGUUCUUGUUCAUGAACCUUUGACGAGCGCGUUCACUGCUGGUUGUUUCCAUCUAAAUCCCCGAAAGCUUGAAAGUGAUCGAAGUUUUUGACCUUCCAGUGCAUCAGAAGUACUUAAAAUGAACCUGGCUCUUUAUACACGGAUUCUUUUUUCUGGUGCUGCCAGCUCUUUCUAGACCUUCCCGGACCUUGGCUCUUACUCUGGUGUAUCUCUGUGGUAUAAUAUUUUAAAAUCUUCCGCAUGUGUUGCCUUAUAGCUGCUCCGUUCACCCUCAGCUGCACUCCAGGCGACGUUUACCUCGUCCUAGUUGGCUCCUGUUACACAGAACAGCUAAAAAAAAAAAAAGAAAAAAUAAUACUCCACUAAACCAUGACUUUAGCUUGGUGACUUUAAGGAUUACAUUAGAGCAAACUGUAAUAACUUUUAAUCGGUUUCUGUUUUCCCAAAACCUCUGAGCGCCACGUCUCCUGUGUCGCUAGCACAAGAGGGUGACGUCGCCUGCUCUCCUGUCAUGUACUGGAUGGUUCUAGUUGUUGUCAAUACUGUUUCAAUACUCUCAUAGGUUACACAUGGAAGGAUUUAUUCCAAAAAUGACACAUCCGUUAUAUGAAGAAAAAUGAUUCUGAAAUGGUCUAUGACUCAAACUUCAAUUCUUUUAAAAAGGGCAGUACUUAACUUCAAUCCUUGCUUGACUGAAAGUGAAAACACAGCCUAUAUUUUCCAGAAACGUGGUCAACUAAAGGCUUAUUUUCUUCUCCGAAUGGAUAUAUCGUAAUUUGGAAUAGAUUUUUUCAUCGACUAUAUCUUAAAUAUCUUUAAGUGGUGGAUAGAAGUGACUCUUGCAGUUGGUAGAUGUGUAAGGUAUUAGGCUGCUAAGCGAUGUUUUUCCAACAGUUGAUAGCAAUGUUUUUCGUUUCUUUUCUUUUUCUUUGUCAUAUGGGGUAGCACAACUCAACAUAGUGGCCUGUCUUUCAACCAAAUAGGGCUCUUGAUUUUAUUAUUUGACUUUCUAAGCCUUUUUUUUCUUCUCCCCCCUUUUGAAUUGUUUUACAUUUAUAUGUGAUGUAAUUUUCAGUGCUAGAUGUAUUUGGCACUAAUUGGGAAAAAAAAGGAAGGAUCCUUGUUUAAAUGUAUGGAUAAAGAUGCUUAAUAAAUUUGUUCUUUUUAAGCAUUUUUUUUUUCAUUUGUACUGUACUUUAAUACUUUUUUGAAAUAUGCAUAAUAAUGUCAAUGUGAUGCUGUUUAUUUGAAUGCCAUUUUUAAAAUAGUCCAAUAUGGGUUUGAUCAGAAGGAAAACUCUGAUUUAAUUGUGUCAAGACUGCAGUUUUGUCUGGUUUUAUGCUGAUAUGAAUUAUGUACAUUGUAUUAAUGGAAAUGACGAGGCGGCGGCGGCGGCGGAGGAUAAUGAUGACAUUGUAAUGUAUCUGAACUUCUGAAGCAUGUUUUGCAAACCCUUAUUGUACAGAUUAUGUAUUCAGUGUCAUGUUACCUGUUACUGUUGUUGCUUUCUGUGUGUUUCUUGUACAAGGCUUUUAAUUAAAAGCUCUUCAAAAAGC